UAAAGCCAACAUUUCCCCCCCUGGUUAAGCGGUCAUUUCAGGCGUAGACCAUGUCAACGGCGUGUGGAUUUCCACCGAUUUUCACAGUAAACGUUAAUUUAUUUAUGACGGGGCAAUAAAAGGACUUUAAUUUGUAGAGAGAUGUCAUCUCCAGGAAAGGUGUUUUGAAAAGUUAUGGAACCCAGCAAUGGCUCAAGGACGGCACCACCGAACGGCUCGCACGCCAAUCCCAUCGACAACAAUCACGUGAGUCCAAACCAAGAGACCACGACUCUUCCUCCGAAGAAGAAAAUAAUUCCCAGAUGGGUGUUAGCAGUAAUCUUCCUCAUCCUCCUCCUGCUUCUUGCAGGAGCUGCUUCGUUGGCCUGGUACUUUCUAGAGUACCGUGUGUGGGUGCUGGAGCCCCGCGUGGAGCAGCAGUACACGGCUCACGUCCGCAUCCUCAACCGUAACUUCUCCUCUGCUCUCUCCUCCCACGGCACCAGGGAGUUUCAGGCGGAAGCCAAGGCUGUGCAGGCCAUGGUGAAGAGGCUAGUGAAGGCUACUGAUAUUUCCCGUUACUUUAACUCCACCACUGUCUUUGCUUUUGGGGAGGGCAGCGUGGUGGCUCACUUCUGGCUGGCGCUGUCCGUCCCAAAGAGCCACGCCGACGCCGUGACCCUGCAGCGGGUGAGCCGCCGGCUUCAGCUCCACCUGGCCGGCUACAGCAGCCGAGGGGCAGAGGACACGGCCGGCUACGGCGGCUACCUGCUCCACCUGUCCUCCUUCUCCAUCACAGAAACUGACCCCAAAGUGGUCGAUCUUUUGAAAGCUUCCUUUGGUAUGUUAUUUGGAUUCAUUCAGUUUAUUGUGUUCAUUUUCAACCACGUUCUACUCAUUGUGUUGAAAUGGAUUUCCACAAGGUCAUGUCAUUGGAAUGAUUUCAUUGCCUCAUUGAUCAUUGUCUCAUGUGUUACAUCUCAAAGGAGGAAGUCAUGGAGUUUGUUACCAUGACACCAUGCAUUCCUUUAAUGCCUCAUCUCUCUGCUCUAUUUAUAUCCCUCACUCUCUGUCUCAUCUCCUCUCUCUUUCAUUCCAUCUCCCCCUG